UUGCUUACACGGGCCAACAAACCUCCUUUUGUCUCCGGAUCUUUUUCUCAGGAGAGAUUUAGUGCAGCGUUUGCCCCCGCCGGCGAUUCCCGAGCACGCGCCAUGUGGCGGCGGAGCCUGGAGGCUGCAUUCCGGACGGCGACGGCGUGCGCGGUGGUGGCGGCGGCGACACUCUUCGGCCCGGCGUGGGUCCGCCGCCGGGUGGGUUUUCCGGCGUUUUCGUACGUGACGGUGAUUCUGGUGGUGACUGACGCGACGGCCGGCGACGCCGUGCGCGGCUGCUGGCUGGCGGCGCGCGCCACCGUGCAGGGGGUGUUGCCGGCCAUACUUGUGCUGUGGCUGAUCGGGCCGGCGCGGCUGAACAACACCACCACGGCGGCGGUGGCGGCGGCGAACGCGUUCGUGGUGGCGUGGCCGGAAAAUGAGCACGUGAUCGCGAAACGGGUGGCCUUGGGGCAGAUUGUGCUUGUGUAUGUUAUAGGGUUCAUUAAUGGCGGCGCCACCGACCCCGUUAUGCACCCCCUCAGCCUCGCCGCCAGCACCGCCCUCGGCGCCGCCGCCUGCGUCGUUGCCACGGUGGUGCCGUACCCUACCACCGCCACUUCUGAGGUUAGAGAAAACUGUGAAAGGUAUAUUGAGAAUGCAUGUGAAAGAGUAACACUGUAUGUGAAGGCAUUUUCAGCAGAAGACAACACAUCAGCAAAAGGAUUCAUCUCUCAGGCUCACUCACUAAACUCCUCUGCAAAUAAACUUCUCCAAGCUAUCAAAUCCAACCAAGAAAGCAUGGAGUGGGAAAGAAUCCCAAUCAAAUUCCUGAAAAGAUCUCACAGCACAAAUCCAGGAGCUGCCAUGGAAGCUCUUGAGACAAUCCUCCGAGGAAUGGAAAAUGCCCUCAAAAAUUGCUCAAAUUUCCCUGUCGGGAUCAUGAAUUCUGACCUGAAAAACGAUCUAAUCUCUCUCCAAAACAAAAUUCUGAACCUGCCAUCGCUGUUCUUCAUCUCCUGCCUGAAUCUCCUCUGCACCGAGCCAUCCAACGUCGUUUCUACCACGAAAAACGGAUCGAAAAAUGAGUCCUUUUCAUGGAUGAAUCUGAAUUUCAUGAUCAACAAGAAGAGACUAAUGCCUGCCCUGAAAUGCUCACUUUCGAUCGGAUUCGCCAUUCUGUUCGGAUUGAUUUACAGCAAGCCCGACGGAUACUGGUCGGGUCUGCCGGUGGCCAUAAGCCUGGCUCCGGCGAGGGAGGCAACGUUCAAAGUCGCAAACAUCAAGGCGCAAGGGACGGUUCUCGGGACCGUGUACGGCGUGCUAGCCUGCUUCGUCUUCAAAAACUAUGUCCGAAUAAGGUUUGUUUCUCUGCUCCCCUGGUUCAUCCUCUGCAGUUUUUUGAGGCAGAGCAGGAUGUACGGACAGGCCGGCGGAGUUUCGGCGGCGAUCGGCGCAGUUCUGAUUCUCGGCCGGAAGAACUUCGGCGAGCCGAGCGAUUUCGCAAUAGCAAGGAUUGUCGAGACCUUCAUAGGCUUGUCUUGUGCAAUAAUGGUGGAUGUGUUGUUGCAGCCGACAAGAGCUGCUGUUUUGGCUAAAGUCGAGCUGUCGGAAUGUCUCAACGCGAUGCAUGACGCCGUCGCGUCGAUCAGCCUCGACGCCGCGUCGUCGGAGAUGGGUUUGAAGGUGGAGAAGGUGAAGUCUAAGGUCUGUGGAUUUGGGAAGUUGAUUGAAGAAGCUGAAGCUGAGCCUAAUUUCUGGUUCUUGCCAUUCAAUGGUGUUUGUUAUAAAAAGCUGAGAGCUUCAUUGUCAACAAUGGCGGAUUUCUUGAAUUUCUUGAGGGAUUUUGUCAGAUUGAUGGAUCAAGAACUGAAGAAAAUGGAGAUUAAAGAUUGGAAAGAGGGUAUGGAGAAAUUACAAAAUGAUGUUGAUCAGUUCAAGGAAGGAAUCUGUUCCAGGCUGAAGCUUUUCCAGGAGGUUAGUUUGGUAAAUUCACUUGAAAACCUGGAAAAAGAGUGGGAGAAGAGUGAUGAUCUUGAGAAGGGGAAAUCUGGGAAGAUGGAGGCAAUCCAACGGCUGGGAAUGGGGGAUCUCGACGGCGGCGUCGACGUGGUGAUUCAAAGCGUCGAUUCUUGUUACCUUUUGAGCUUGAGUGCGACGCUUUAUUGCAUCGAAGGAUUAGGGAAGGAGGAGAAGGAGAUAGAGACAGGAAUUCAAGAACUUGUGCAGUGGGAGAAUCCGUCAAGACAAGUGAAUUUAAACGAUGUUUUGUGUAAAAUUCAUGUCUUGAAGAACUCUGCAAAUGCCUGAAAUCUGAAUGAAAGAUUGUACAUUUUCGACAUGUUCAUAUAACAAGGAAAGAUCACAGUAUAUUAUCAAAGCAUAUGUGG